GGCAAGGCGUUAUGCCAGAAGCGAAAGGAAUUGGGACUCGAAGGAGGAGGAGUGGGCGGCAUCAGAGAGAAGAAGCAGUGAGUGUGAAUGAUGGCUAUCUCCAUCCCUCUCAUCUCUUCCAAUUCAACUCUCUCUCUCCGUUCAUCUUCAUCCUCUCCUCUCUCUCUCCUCUCUGCCCUUAUCUCCGCUCUUUCAGACUCCCUAAUUCUUCCUCUUAUCUCAACAAGCUCCUCAUUCACUCUUCUUUUUCUGACGUGGGUUCUUCCCCUGACUCCUUCAAUUCUAGCAUGCGGCCUGAAAUGUCAUCUAUGUCUCCCUUUGGACUGUCAAUGGACGAAUCUAGUAAGCCAUCAUACAAAUGGAGAAGGGUUUUGCUCAAAGUAAGUGGAGAGGCUCUUGCCGGAGAUCACUCGCAGAACAUUGACCCUAAGGUUACCAUGUCCAUUGCAAGGGAGGUUGCUGCUGUGACUCGCCUUGGCAUUGAGGUUGCACUAGUAGUAGGUGGGGGUAACAUCUUUCGUGGAUCCUCCUGGGCUGGAUCUAGUGGCCUGGACCGCUCAUCGGCUGAUUAUAUUGGGAUGUUGGCAACUGUCAUGAAUGCAAUAUUUCUUCAAGCGACAAUGGAGAGUAUUGGCAUUCCCACAAGGGUGCAGACUGCAUUUCGAAUGUCAGAGGUCGCAGAACCAUACAUACGUAGAAGGGCUGUGAGGCAUUUGGAAAAAGGAAGGGUUGUCAUUUUUGCUGCUGGAACUGGAAAUCCAUUUUUUACCACUGAUACUGCUGCAGCACUCCGAUGUGCAGAAAUUAAUGCUGAGGUUGUGCUCAAGGCAACAAAUGUUGAUGGCGUGUAUGAUGCUGAUCCAAGACGUAAUCCAAAUGCGCGUCUUCUGGACACGCUUACAUACCAGGAGGUAACUUCGAAAGAUCUGUCGGUAAUGGACCUGACGGCCAUCACUUUGUGCCAGGAAAACAAUAUUCCUGUUGUCGUCUUCAACCUAAACAAACCAGGUAACAUCUCAAGAGCCAUUCAAGGUGAGAGGGUUGGCACUUUGAUUGGGCCUGCAUGCAAGUCCAUGGCAAGAACAUGACACUUUUGAAGCUCAUCAAAGUAGUGGUAAAUUCUUGCAUUCAUUCUUAUACAACCAUCAAGCUGAAGAUGCUGCAUUGCAAUUCGAGGUCAAAUAGGUGCUGAUUUGAACUAUAAAUCUGUAAAUAUAAUAUGACAGAUUUCUUUUCUUCUUUCUUUCUUUUUCCUUUGGGUUUUUGCAUUGAGUUAUUAUUCAACCUUUUGGAGAAUUUAUGUAGCAUCUCAGCAACUUUGUUAGUACUUUUGAUUCUGAUAAUUCUAGUUAAAAGCAUGUUUCUGCAUAGCUUUUAUUGGCUUC